AUCGUUGGCGAUGCGCUGUUGUCAUUGCUCUUUUUCGAGCUUCGAUUUGGGGAAACGCCAUUGAUCGAGCUCUCUAGGGUUUGCGGGCGAGGAAGACAUCGAGGGCCAUCAACUCCCUCAUCCUUCCUCCCCUCCAUUAUCACCGCCGAUCCACGCCUCCCUUUCUAUUUCAUUGUCUUGAUUCCUCUCCAUCUUGAUCUGGAUCUGGAUCCCGGAAUUUUUAGGGUUUUCAAUUGGGGAUGGAGACGCAGUGGGUUACGGAGCCGCCGCAUGCCGCCAUGGAUAGGCGUCCUAGGAAACGGCCCCGGCUGACCUGGGAUAUGCCACCCGCCAUCCCUCCUCCCAAGGGGCCUGGAUCUUUGUACAGUGGGCAGAAAUUUGUAAUUGGAGCUGGCUCAAAUUAUGUGUUCCCUACGUAUUACUAUCCACCCGCACCUCGCUAUGCUUCUCCUCCAUGGAGAGGGGAUGACAAAGAUGGCCAUUAUGUCUUUGCAAUUGGAGAAAAUCUUACAUCGAGAUAUAAAAUCCUCAGCAAAAUGGGUGAAGGCACAUUUGGACAAGUCUUGGAAUGCUGGGAUAUGGAAAGGAGAGAACUUGUUGCAAUCAAGAUUGUCAGGUCCAUUCACAAAUAUCGUGAAGCUGCUAUGAUUGAAAUUGAUGUACUUCAGAAGCUUGCCAGGCAUGAUAUCGGAGGAAAACGUUGCGUGCAAAUUCGAAAUUGGUUUGAUUAUCGUAAUCAUAUUUGUAUCGUUUUUGAGAAGCUGGGACCUAGCUUGUAUGACUUUCUUCGGAAGAACAGCUAUCGCUCAUUUCCUAUUGACCUUGUCAGGGACCUUGGCAGACAACUACUAGAGUCCGUUGCAUUCAUGCAUAACUUGCGGCUUAUUCACACUGAUCUGAAGCCGGAGAACAUUCUUCUUGUUUCUUCAGAGUGUAUUAAGAUCCCUGACUACCGGUUUCUAUCAAGGCCUGCCAAGGAUGGUUCAAUUUUCAAGAAUCUGCCUAAGUGCAGUGCUAUCAAGCUCAUUGAUUUUGGGAGCACAACAUUUGAACAUCAGGAUCACAGCUAUGUUGUAUCAACACGACAUUAUAGGGCACCUGAGAUUAUUCUUGGACUUGGGUGGAACUACCCCUGUGAUAUGUGGAGCAUUGGCUGCAUUCUUGUGGAGCUCUGUUCAGGAGAAGCACUCUUUCAAACCCAUGAAAACUUGGAACACUUGGCCAUGAUGGAGAGGGUGUUGGGCCCACUACCUCAUCACAUGGUCAGCAGAGCCGAUCGGCAUGCAGAAAAGUAUUUCAGGAGAGGUAUGCGAUUGGAUUGGCCGGGAGGAGCAACUUCAAGGGAAAGCAUGAGAGCCGUCUGGAAAUUGCCACGCCUGCAGAAUCUGGUGAUGCAACAUGUUGAUCAUUCUGCGGGUGAACUAAUCGAUCUCUUGCAAGGGCUUCUCCGCUAUGAUCCAGCCGAGCGCUUGAAAGCGCAUGAAGCCCUUCAGCACCCUUUCUUUAUAAGAGGUGUCAGAAGAUAUGUUUGAGCUCUGUGAACCCUAUGUUCAAGCUCCAGUUUUUGCCUGUCCGUUGAAAAGCAGUCAAAUGUGGCAAAGAUUAAGGACCACAACACUGAUUGUUAGAAGGAAAUGCAAAAAUUUGUAUGCUGAAUCACCAGAUAAUCACCAUGUAAAUGGAACAAUAUAUGGGACAACAACACUUGCCCAUUACAUGUUAAUGAAUCGGAUUUGUGAUCGUCGACUUAAAUUCAUUUGCGUGCUUUGUAACAA